CGUUAAUUCAGCUGAUCCACGAAAUAAAACCAAGUGGCGUCCCGGUGGAGGGGAGCGGUGCGCCGCGACGGAGACGACGCUCACUCAGUGGACGGCAGCAUGUGGUGGAGGCUGCUACUCGUGGUGACGUUGGCGUUGGCCAAACGCGCUCCAUCGGCCCAGGAGUCUGUCAUCGAAGAGGUCACAGCCAAGCAGCUGGAACGCGUGUUAGCUGACAAGGAUUUCGUGGCUGUGUUUUGGUAUGCUCGCAGCUGUACCACUUGCGACCGUGUUCUGGAAGAGCUUGAACAAAUCGACGACGAUACCGACUCAUUCGGUGUUGAUUUUGUUAAGAUUAACGAUAAACGACUUGCUAAGCAGUAUGGUAUUACUAAAUUUCCAGCCCUUACAUACUUUAGGGAGAAGAAGCCGAUCAUCUAUGAAGGUGACCUGAUGGACGAAGAUAAUGUCUUAGAGUUCUUAACAAGCCUGGAAGCAAUGGACCUGCCAGAUCGAAUAGAAGAAGUAAAUUCGAGAAUAUUGGAAAAAAUUGUUGAAGAAACAGAAUUUGUUGCCGUAUUAUUCUGUCCUGAUGCAAAUACAUGUUCGAAAGGGGGACUCAAUCAGCCUGCAUGCAAGAAAUGCGCCAAAGUUCUUCAAGAGCUAGAGAAUAUCGACGAUGAAGCAGAUCAACUUGGCAUCGGUUUUGUGAAGAUAAAUGAUGAAGCUUUAGCUGAAGAAUACAACCUGGGAACCCUGCCAGCCUUGGUAUACUACAGACAUCAGAUACCAAUUAUUUAUGAAGGAGAACUGACCAAAGAGGAUGAUGUCUUGGAAUGGCUGGUGCAACACAAAAGCACUGGAGAUGAAGAUGAUGUAAUUGAAGAUGUUACCGCAAAAACAUUAGGCACACUCAUAUCUAGUGUCGAUCAUCUUGCAGUAUUGUUUUAUGACCACGGUGAUGAUGAAUCAAUGCAAGCUUUGGAAGAAUUAGAACAUAUUGACGAUGACUGUGAUAAAUAUGGAAUACAGUUUGUUAAAAUUGACGAUGCAUCAGCUGCAAAUGAAUACGGUCUUGAUUCUUUGCCAUCUAUAGUUUACUUCGAAAAAGGACUACCUAAUGUAUAUGAUGGGGAUUUGGAAGCCGAAGAAGAUAUCUUAGAAUGGCUUGUUCAACAACUCGAGAAAGAUGAGAUUGAAGAUGUUACAGACGAGAUGCUGGACAAGCUUAUCAAGGACACGAAAAACCUUGCUGUCUUAUUCUAUGACGAUGAUGAUCGAAAAUCCCAAAAGGUUUUGAAUGAAUUGGAGAAUAUCGACGACGAAUGUGACAAGCUCGGCAUUGUUUUUGUCAAAAUUGAUAACGAUGACGAAGCUAAAGAAUAUGGUAUUGAUAAAAUACCUUCUCUCGUUUAUUUCGAGGAAGGAAUACCUACCCUCUACGAGGGUAAUUUGGAAGACGAAGAAAAAGUCCUGAAGUGGUUCGAUGAGCAAGUCAAAAGCGAUCAAAUCGAAGAUGUCACUGAUGAAAUGCUGGAUUUGAUACUCGAGAAGAAACCUCAUGUAGCUGUUCUAUUUUACGAUAAAGACCAAAAGAAGAGCCAGAAAGUUCUUGCUGAACUAGAAAACAUCGACGAUGAAUGUGAUCAAAACAAAAUAGCUUUUGUCAAGAUCGAUAAUGAUGAGGAGGCCAAAGAAUACGGUAUUGAUUCUGUACCGACCUUGGUGUAUUUUGAAAAAGGAAUACCCAAUGUUUACGAGGGAGAUCUUCUCAAAGAAGACGAUUUGCUUGGUUGGUUGUUGCACCAAAAGAAACACAGUGAAAUUCCAGAAGUCACAGAUGAGAUGAUGGAUAUUUUGAUUGAGAAAAAAAAGUACCUCGCUGUUCUUUUCUACGAUAAAGAUGAUAAGCAAGAUAUUCGGGUUCUCAACGAAUUAGAGAACAUUGAUGAUGAGUUGGACUCUGAAGGCAUUGUCAUUGUAAGAGUUGACAAUGAUGCCGAAGCUAAGGAACUAGGAAUUGAUCAUCUACCUGCCCUUGUUUACUACGAAGAUAAAAUACCAUCGAUUUAUGAAGGUGAUCUCAUGAACGAAAAUGAGGUUUUGGAAUGGCUCAUCGAACAAAAACAGACUGCAACAAUAGAGGAAGUCACUGACGAAAUUCUAGAAGACCUCAUUCAAGAACACGAGUAUGUGGUAGUCUAUUUCAGUGGUAAAUGUGAAGAAGGAGAAAAAUGCGAUGAUAUUCUAGAAGAACUUGAGAAUAUUGACGAUGAAUUAGAUGAAACUGGCAUCAUCUUCGUAACAACAGAAGAUUUAUUAGUUGCCAAAAAGAACGGUAUCAAAUCAUUUCCAAAACUGGUGUUUUUCCGUAACAAAGAACCUCUUAUAUACUCUGGUGAUGUUGAGGACGAGGAUGAAGUUCUGGCAUGGCUGACUGAUGAGAAUACUCUGGAAAUACCUGAUCGUAUUGAGGAAGUUAACACUAAAAUGUUAGAUAAGAUUCUUUCAGAGAAUGAACACGUCGUUGUCUAUUUCUAUAAGGAGGGAGAAAAGAAAUCACAGAAAAUUCUUCAAGAGCUUGAAAACAUCGAUGAUGAGUGUGAGGAUAAAGAUAUCGAUUUCGUUAAGAUUUCAGACGAAGGAGUUGACAAGGAAUAUGAUCUCCCUAGUUUACCGGCUGUUGUAUUUUACAGGAAUAGGUUCCGAGAAAUAUACACAGGUGACUUAAUGCAUGAAGAAGCUAUAUUGGAGUGGAUAACAGAGUUGAGAGAUUCUGAGCCUGAUGUCAUCGAAAGCGUUGAUAGAAAAACUUUGCAGGUUCUGAUAAAUGAUGUUGAGCAUUUAGCCGUUCUAUUCAUUCGUGAUGACUGUGAAGAAUGCGACGAAGUUUUAGAAGAGCUAGAAAACAUAGAUGAUGACACUGACAAGGAGGGUAUACAAUUCGUCAAGUCCAAAGACGCAAAUUUGGCAUCAGAAAUUGGUAUUUUCAGUUUUCCAGCAUUGGUCUAUUAUGAAACGGGGGUACCCAUAAUGUACGAUGGAAAUCUUUUGGAUGAAACGGAGGUCCUUGAAUGGAUGGCAGAUCAAAAAAAUGAUGAAUCCAUAGAGGAGAUUGUAAGAGAGCAGUUAUUCAAACUGAUCGAAACUAAAGAGUUUCUUGCUGUGGUUUGGUAUAAAGAGGAAGAUCCUGACAGUCCCAGAAUUCUCAGGCAUAUGGAGUUGAUUGACGAUGAAGCAGCCGAAUAUGGCAUAAAAAUAGUAAAGAUGAGAGAUCGUCUGAUGGCUAAGAAGUAUGGUUUCAGAAAUCCACCAGGCAUAACCUAUUUCAAGAAGGGCAAAACCAUGAACUAUGAUGGAGACAUAGAUGACGAGGAAGAAGUGUUGGAUUGGUUAACCGAUCCAGAAAAUAUGGAAUUAACAGAUCAUAUAGAAAAAGUCAACGGGAAAAUGUUCGAGAAGAUUCGACAGAGGUCAGACUAUGUGGCUGUUUUCUUAUAUAGUAACGAGUGCAAACAAUGUUCGAGGGUACUUUUGGAAGUAGAACAUAUAGAUGAUGAAGCAGAUGCAGCUGGUAUAAAUUUCGUUAAGAUCGAUGACAAGAAAAUGGCCAAAGAGCAUGGUGUAUUCGCACUUCCCGCAAUCCUCUUUUUCAAACUUGGUGCAAAAGACCCAGUUAUAUACGCUGGCGACUUAUAUGAUGAACAGCAAAUAUUACAGUGGCUGAUGAUACAAAAGGACCCAUCUGGGGACGUCAUAGAAGCUGCUGAAGGUUCAGAUUUGUUAGAGUUGAUACAGAAAACUGAUGCUCUUGCCGUUUAUUUCUGGAACAAGACCGUGUGUGAUUUGUGCAGCGAGCUAGAGCAGCAUUCUCGAAAACCUCACAAAAACAAAACUAGGAAUACAGAUGAAGAUCAGCAAGGAAGAAACGAUAGCGAUGAUUGUGGUCAAUGUGGAGCCAUACUAGAAGAAUUAGAAAAUAUAGAUGACGACUGCGAGAGACACGGCAUAAUAUUUGUGAAAACUCAGGACUUGAAAAUUGCCGAACAAUAUGGAGCCAAUGAAUUUCCAGUACUCAUGUACUUCGAGAGUGGCAUCGGUGGAAUUUUCGAAGGCGAGAUCCAAGAAGAGGAAGAAGUUCUGCAAUGGCUGAUACAGCAGAGGACUGAAGAUCGAAUUGAGCUGAUAUCAAGAACUAUGCUUGAAAGAAUGGUCGAAGAUACACAGUACCUCGCUGUUUAUUUCUACAAGCAAAAUUGUCACAUUUGCGAGCAAAUCCUGGAAGACCUAGAGCAGAUUGAUGAUGAAUGUGAUGUCUACGGGAUACACAUGGUCAGAAUUCAAGAUCCACAACUGGCGAAGAGAUACUCCAUCAAAACUUUUCCAGCUUUGGUCUACUUCAGGAAUGGUAAUCCUCUUCUGUUUGAAGGUGAUCUACAGAAUGAAGAAUCUGUAUUAGAGUGGCUCACCGAUGAUGACAAUAGAGAAUUGGCUGAUGAAAUUGAAUCGGUUAAUGAAAGGAUGCUGGCCAGGUUGUUGAAUGAGUCUCCAUUCUUGGCUGUUUUUUACUAUGAUGAAGACUGUCCAGAGUGUGAGGAGAUCUUGGAAAAUUUAGAGGAAAUUGACAGCGAAGCUGAUCUAUUCGGUAUCGAUUUCGUCAAGAUUUGUAGUGCAGAGGCAGCAGCUGACCAAGGACUGCACACGUUGCCAGCUUUAAUGUAUUUCCGAAAGAAAACCCCCAUGGUCUAUGAUGGAGAUCUCACGCAAGCCAACAGAAUUCUAGACUGGCUAACGUCUCAAGAUGUUUUCGAAAUAAAAAAUGAAAUCGAGGAAGUCAACAAGAAGAUGUUGGAAAAAUUGUUGGAGGAAAAUGAAUUUGUGACAGUUUUCUUCUAUGAGAUCAAUUCCGAAGAAAGCAAGAUCAUCAUGGAAAAACUAGAGAACAUAGACAGCGAAACGGACAAUUUCGACAUUACAUUUGUCAAGAUGGCGGAUGCAAGAUACGCACGAAAAUGGGGAGUAACCAAUCUUCCUUCCAUAGUCUACUUCCGUCGUAGGUUCCCCAGCAUCUUCAGAGGAGAUUUACAUUCCGAAGCUGACGUCUUGGAGUGGUUGCGUAAAAACAGGUUUCGUCAGCCGGAACUCAACAUCUUCAUGUACGCCCUGUUUGCAAUCAGCAUCGCAUUUGUUAUUUAUACAGCCUUCCUUCUCCAAUGUUUCAAAACCCCACAACAAGCUGUAGUUGUCCAUCCUAAGGCAGCGUAGGUAAUUUGAGAGUUUCGCGUGAGGGGAUUUUUGAAACUGCAAAGAUUUUUGAUAAUAUUUUUGACAUUGAUCGAAGUUUUGAGUCAGGCGGAUUCGAGAAUAUGUCGUUCUUUCCAUGUUUUUAUUUAUUAUCAGGUGAACGUUUUUUGUGCAAUACUUCACUCGACAUAUUUUUACCAUGUGCUGCUUUUUUGAUCAUUUCGGACCAAUGUAGUUUCAAUGGAAUAUUUUAUAUAGUUUGAGUAUUUUGAGUACACGAAAUGCAGACUUCAGAUAGAAAUACUCCUUAUUCAUUCCCAAGAGUAAAUAUGGAAUAGAUUGUAAAUAUGUUACUGAAUAUUAUUGUUGACUGCCUAUUUUUAGGUGGUUUCACAUUGUUGUAUAUAGAAACAAUCUCUUGUAAAUAAAAUGAUGUUCUUCUAUUGCAUAAAA